CUAUAAUCAGUUGAUGAUCUCCUGCUUAAUCCAGUAAUUAAGGAGUAGAUUCCUAGACUGCAACGGCAGCUGUCACAUCCACAGGGGAAAGACAAGCUGUUGAAGAACAGUAACGGCCAGCGCACAGGUGAAUGUCCGGCGGCAGAGCCAUGCACGCUCUAUGGAGCUGAGCUAGAGGCUAGUCAUCAGCUAGUGUGUGUCCACGGCUACCUUGGCUGGGCCAUGCGUCUAUCUCUCUCUCUCUCUCUCUGAAAGCAACCCCGCCAUUUGCAUUCCUUCGUUUUAAAAGGGAAUCCAAGCGUGCGUCGUCAAUGCAGCUGAGAGCCAGAUCAGAUAUCAGAUCAGAUCAAUACUUCUCAGGCUGCUUUAUUCUCUCCUGAAUGCUUAGGUGAGGGCAGGUGAUCGUCGAGACCCCUCCGGAAUUAAGGGAUCGGAGUCGGUAGAUCGUUGGGGAGACGCGGAGGAGAUCGAGAUCGGAGCUGAGAAGAUCGACGACAAGAAGGCAUGAAGCUCUUGUUCCAGUGCCCUUGCUGCUCCUGCUUCUGCUUCAUGAAGGCCAGCAACAAGACCCAAGGCAAGGGCAAUGCAGCAGGUCAGCCCAGCAAAAUGCAAGGGGGAGUGGUAGGCAAAACCAUAGAGAUGAUGUAGCUAGCUUGCCAUGUUUAAAUUUAAACACCAUGCAUGCUCAGCCUAGCUUUAUGCUUCCACAUGAUCAUCCCUCUUCUGUCUUUGGAUCGUUUCUUUCAGAUUUGUGAAGUAAGGUAGCGUUGUGCCUGUGUCCUCGAGCUGUCUCAUUCAAUGAGAGAGGAGAACCAAUUUCUUCAGUUAUCUAUAAAUCCACUAUGAUAAUCUCAUCCUGAAAUCCAAUUGUCGCAAAACCUUCAUCAAGUAGGCGCAUCAUACGGAUCCGAAUACCUUUUUUUUAUUCUGAAAAUAUUACAUUUUUUUAUUCCACGAAUACCUCGAAUGCCUUUGUAAUUUCAGAAACGGGAACAGUUUCUUGGCGUGGUACAUCCCUCACCAGAUUUUGGGUGUAUAAAUUUUAUGGAUACACUUGGAUUCCUUAGAAACAAAUCAUUAACAUAUAAACGAGUUGGGCGCAGCUUUCGCAAAAAGAAAAAAAAAAGAAAAAAAAGAAGAGCUGGGCGCAGCUUGGGUAUGAGCUUGACCACACUGUGAGCGAAAAACAAUGGCCCACUUGUUUUUAGGAAAAAGUGAAGCUAAUUGGCCUAUAUCCUUUUUGCCUCUGGCUUCUUUGGUAGGAGAGCUGUGUGAGCUGAAUUCAACAAGUCAAAUGCUGACUGAAAAAAGUGUUUUAGAUCUUUACAGGAGAUCAUCAUCUUUGAUUGUGGAACAACAUUCCUAAAUAUUUAUUUUGCCUAAGGGGAAAUAAAAAAUAAAAAUUCUGCUGGUGACUGAGCCGAUUCUCCGUCUGCCCGGGCUGGCUGCGUGCGUGCGGGCCACAAAUUGAAUCAGCGCAUGUGGACCCUUUUGGGCCAGCGAGACCCCUCGUUUUAUUGGGCCGCUCCUACGGUUCAGCCAGACGGAGUCCAACAAGUCACCACCGCUCCUCCCACCGGCGGCGGCGCUCGCCGCCUCCCCCGUUCCUUCUCAAGGUUCGCUCCCCGCCGCAUCCACUCCCAACCUCCAUCAACGACGCUGAGGCUUCCCCCAGGCUGACCAGUUAGAUUCAUCGCCUUCCGUAUCGCUGGCCUCAGCCUUCCUCUCUGCCAAGAAGGUGGGAGAAGCGACUCGCGCACGCGCUCGGCGCAGAAGGCGGGGCCAGGUACGCAGAGGCGAGCCCGACGGCCGGCGAGAAGGUUUCGAGGCUCACGAGGCUGCCGCCGUGCUGAAUUGCCAAACCCGGCUGUCGCUUGAGGGUUUUUGGUCGAGUGGUGGGGGAAGCGGAGGGUUAUGGCUGCGCCGAGGAAGGGAACAGCGACGCCGCUGGGCGCCGUUUUCUCGCCGGAGGAGACCAAGAGGGCCGUGGCGAGGGUGGCCGAGUCUAUCGCGGACCGCCGCGCCGAGCUCGGGCGACUGCAGGGCUUCGUCGCCGACAACGCCGCCCUCGUCUCCCUCGUCAACAGGCUCCCCGAUGAACUCUCGCACGAAAUCAUGGUUCCCUUUGGUGGUGCCGCAUUUUUCCCAGGGCGUUUAAUCCACACAAAUGAACUCAUGGUGCUUCUAGGAGAGGGGUAUUAUGCAGAGAGAUCUGCUAAGCAGACAACUGAUAUUUUGCAUAGGAGGGGGAUGGAGUUGGAAGCUCAAGUGGAAGUGAUGAAGGCAACUAUCUCUGACCUUGAAGCUGAGGCAAAAUUCUUUGAGUCCACUGCUGCCGAGGCUUCUGAGGGUCUAGUUGAAAUCAGGGAAGAGUAUGAUGAAGACACAGAGAGUAAUUCAUCAAAAUCAGAGGCUUCAGUUGCUACUGGGGGAAUGUCAGAUAAAGAAAAGGAACAUGCUCGGAUAAUGGCAAGGUUAGAUGAACUCGAGAUGGAAGAAAUGGAAGCUGGAAGUACUUCUGAAGAAGAAGAAGACGAUGACGAAGAUGAUGGGGGUGCUGUAACAAGUGAGGAUGGUGAGGAAAAUGAGGAAUCUGGAAAUGCUUUAAGUGAUGGCAAUGAGCACCACAGUUCCAGUUUUGGUGCUUCAUUUUCUGGAAAUGGUGGCAAUGAUAGGAGUCAUGGGAAUAUCCAGCUGAAGAGUGCACUAAAGAAGCCUGGAGGAGAGGAACUGCUGAGAGGCAUUUCCCAUGCACCGUCAGCCCACACAUCUCAUUCAGUAUUUCCUGGCCAAAGUUCUAUAACAAAUUCUGAAGUCAGGGUUCGUAAAGCUGUUUCUUUUGAAGAUGACAAACAUGUAGUUGGUUCGUCAAAGUCUCCUUCCUUGCCCCCAGAUCCAUCGCACCCUGCUCCAGGGUUCAAGGGUUCUUCAGACCCAGCUCCAUCUCGUGAGCGAAAGAUAAUAUCAAGUGGACGGCAGGCCUUUACGGGAUCCAUUAUUGAACGUGAUGACAAUCUUUUACCCAUUCAACCUCCAGUCGGUAGUUCUUCGGCGAAGCCCGGUACCUCUGCUUCUUCAAGGCCCAUGUCUAGAUUCAAGAUGCAGAAAGGAGAGCGGUGAUCGGACCGGGAUGGAUCUUUGAUACCUGCAUCUGCGACAAACACGAUAAUUGUUAUUGUCGUACGGACGAAUGAUACCCGACCAAGAUUCUUGAACACUGUAUCCGCUAGGUGAACACCUGAGGAAGCAUUUCCUUGAGCUAUUGACUUACGCAGACUGUGGAGCGUGUGUGCAGUGAAACUGUUUGUGGAUACAUGGCUUGUUCAGUUUAAGUUCAGUAAAGUCGUGUUGGCCAA